CACAGCAAAUGUAACAUGAACAGAAAAUGAGGAAGCAAGUCAGAGUUCCAGUUGUUAGGUUUUAGUGUGUGCCUUUCAGUUUUUACACAGACUUUUCUACAGCACUGACUGUUCAUCAUGAAAGACACCAUUGUGGGUUUUUUUAUUGUAUUUUCCUAAGCACACUAUGAAUUCUUUGCUAAUUUUUUCCUGAAUGAUUGAUUGUGCUAUGGAUACAAGUGAACUUCAGUUCCUAAAUUUGUCUUAGGUCUCAGAAGAUCUGCGCAUGUAGACGAAAGGAACUACACAACAAAAGAUUCGGCUGUUUGUUGGGGGCCUUGACUACGCCUCAUUAGAGCGAGAAAAUAAAACUUGAGAAGGAGAGUUGGUGCGACAGAACAAUUCUGUUAUUGAAACCAAAUAGAUUUUUCAUAUUGUGACAGAAUGGCAGAGAGCACUCAUCAAUUACCCUAUUUUUUUGGCAACAUAACACGUGAACAGGCUGAGGAUUACCUAAAACAAGGUGGUCAAACUGAUGGACUAUAUUUGCUGAGGCAAAGUCGAAGCUACCUUGGAGGCUAUGCUUUAUCAGUUGCCCAUGGAAGAAAGUAUUACCAUUAUACCAUUGAGCGAGAGUUAAGUGGAACAUAUGCUAUAGCUGGUGGCAUAUCUCAUAAUUCGCCUGCUGAUCUUUGUCUAUACCACACUCAAGAAAGCAGCGGGCUUGUUUGUUUGUUGAAAAAAACAUGCAGCCGGCCAUCAGGAAUGCAACCAAAAAUUGGCCCAUUUGAAGACCUCAAAGAAAAUCUUAUUAGAGAAUAUGUGCGGCAAACUUGGAGCUUAGAGGGGGCAGCUCUUGAGCAAGCCAUUAUUAGUCAAAAGCCUCAGCUGGAGAAGUUAAUAGCCACAACAGCUCAUGAAAAGAUGCCUUGGUUUCAUGGAAAGAUCUCACGCGAAGAUUCCGAAGCAUUACUAUUGAAUGGACCAAAGACAAACGGAACAUUUCUUAUAAGAGAACGAGACAAUAAUGGAUCAUAUGCUCUGUGUUUGCUGCAUGACAAAAAAGUUUCGCAUUAUCGUAUUGACCGAGACAAAACUGGAAAGUUGUCUAUACCAGAAGGAAAAAAGUUUGACACACUCUGGCAGUUGGUUGAACAUUAUUCUUACAAGCCAGAUGGACUUCUACGUGUCCUGACUAAUCCUUGCCAGCGGGCUCAUUACAAUGGUAACAGCAUUAGUUUCUCUAGACUCCCUGCACUUCCUCGAGAGCGAGAGCGUCCAGUGAAUUGGUCAGCAGGUGGAAUUAUCUCAAGAUUCAAAUCCUACACCUUUCCCAAGCCUGGCAGUAAAAAGACUCAAGGAUCCUUCGCCAGGGCCGAAAGUGUUAUGUCAGUAAAUCCAUAUGUGUCAAGACCAAAAGCAGACAUAGAUGCCUUGCCCAUGGACACUGAUGUAUAUCGGGGAAUUUACGAGGACCCAGAUGAAUUUAGACCUAAAACAGUCAAAAUAAACCGGGAACAGCUGUCUUUAUAUGAGGAAGAACUUGGUUCUGGCAACUUUGGGACUGUGAAAAAGGGAAUCUUGAAAACAGCAAAAUCUAACAGAAAAGUUGCUGUUAAGAUCCUCAAGAAUGACAACGAUGACCCUGCUGUACAGGAUGAACUGCUUAAAGAGGCUUCAGUUAUGCAUCAUUUGGAUAACCCAUACAUCGUAAGAAUGAUUGGAAUCUGUGAAGCAGAGAACUGGAUGUUGGUAAUGGAGCUUGCAGAACUCGGACCACUAAAUAAAUUUCUGACAAAAAGCAGGGAUGUUUCGGAAAAGAAUGUAACAGAACUUGUCCACCAGGUUUGCAUGGGAAUGAAGUACCUAGAAGAGAGUAAUUUUGUCCACAGAGAUCUUGCAGCUCGAAAUGUUUUGUUGGUCACCCAGCAUUAUGCCAAGAUUAGUGAUUUUGGACUUUCAAAAGCAAUUGGAUCAGAUGAAAAUUACUACAGAGCAAAAUGUUGUGGGAAAUGGCCAGUUAAGUGGUAUGCCCCUGAAUGUAUAAACUAUUAUAAAUUCUCAAGCAAAAGUGAUGUAUGGAGUUUCGGGGUACUCAUGUGGGAAGCCUAUUCCUAUGGUCAAAAACCGUACAAGGGUAUGAAAGGUGGAGAGGUGCUUCAAAUGAUUGAAAGUGGGAAGCGGAUGGAGUGUCCUAUCAGGUGUCCAUCAGAAAUAUAUGACCUAAUGAAAAAAUGUUGGACGUAUAGUAAUGAAGAAAGACCCACUUUUGCCACAGUCGAACCGAUUUUACGAAACUAUUAUUAUGACAUUGCUCAAUAAUGUCACUUUGGAACAAGCUGUCAGAAGCACAAUCACGAUUUGAACGCCAUGUGAAGGAUUACAUAAAUGUACUAUUUGUAGACAAAUAUAUAUAUUGCAUUUUAGGAGACAAAUUAUAAAUACACAGUUUGUAAACUAUAUGAAAAGAGCAAAUUCCUAUCAUAUCAAACAUUGAAGUUUAGUAAAAUUAUCACAGUUCCAAUAAAACAUUAAUUGUUCUAAGUCCCAAAAUAUCCUAUUUAUUGAUGGUAACUCAGAUUUACUGUGGCAGAAGGAAAGCAGAAUUGAAGCCAAACAUGUUUUUUUAUCAAAAUGAAUGAGUGGACAUUUAAGACAUUUUAGGCAAAAGAUGCUAGGUAUUGUGUAAAAUCUGGAGAGAUCAAUAGAUCUCUAGCCGAACCUUGAGUUUUUUUUCCUUUGCAUGCUUAUUGUUUUGCGUACUCGUCAAGGCUGAACAGUAUUAUAAAUCCAAACACAAAAUAAUAUGUGAGGCAUACUGACACAGAGAGUUAUGGGAAAUCAGUAAACAUUUACUAACAUACACUAGCUACAAAAUAUUUGUAGGGAUUUAUUUAAGGAUCACCGUGAAAAUAUAGCUAAUUGAAAAGUGAAAUACAACAUUUAAGCAAAUAUAGCUGUUUGGAAAAAGUCUCCUCUUAACUUUUAGUUACAGCUUAACUGUUUUUGACUACAAUUUGCUAUUGACCACAAUUCUUUUUUUUAUUAAUCUCAUGUCAUGUUAUUAAGCUCCAUAACAUUCGAAUUGUGAUAGUGGCUUAUAUAAUUCCAGAUCUAGAUAAUAUCAUUUUGUAUGUGUAAAAGAGCAAAUUCUCUCUAAAAUCUAGUUUCUAUCAGUCUAUAAGGGUAUCUUUUUAGGUUUACAAAUCAUUUGAUGUUUACAACCAACACUCCUUUGAUGCCAAUGUGUACUUUGUAUUAAUGUUAUACAUCCCUUGUGAGAUAUUUUUGUUGAGUUAAUCUGAUCUAAGGUGAAUGAACUUAUAUACCACUUGUAACCUGUAUCAACAGAUCCUAAUUUUA